GCAGACACAUCAGCAUCACCAAACACCUCUCCACUUACGUCCACUCUUUCUCCUGGAACAAGCCCAUCUCCUACGACCACCUCAGCAGCUACUCCAACCACUGCUCAGGAGAACACGUCUCCAGCUCAGACUACAUCUGCACCAACGUCUACACUAACAGCAACCUCUACUUCUACCCUCACAAGCACAUCACUCCUCAACACAACUACUGCCCUCUCAUCCAAACCUGGAGAAACAACCUCCCCUGCUACCCUCGCCACAUCACCAUCCCAAACCACAACUGCUAGCUCUGCCUCUCCAAUGCCAACUACUGUUGAAACAACUAUAACUUUCUUGUCAACGACUGAAACAUCAAGCAAAGCAGAAGAAACCACCACUGCAGGCACAUCAAGCCCAACUGCUGCAUCUUCUUCUCAAACAGCUACAAGCACUCCUGCAGACACAUCAGCAUCACCAAACACCUCUCCACUUACGUCCACUCUUUCUCCUGGAUCAACCACAUCUCCUACGACCACCUCAGCAGCUACUCCAACCACUGCUCAGGAGAACACGUCUCCAGCUCAGACUACAUCUGCACCAACGUCUACACUAACAGCAACCUCUACUUCUACCCUCACAAGCACAUCACUCCUCAACACAACUACUGCCCUCUCAUCCAAACCUGGAGAAACAACCUCCCCUGCUACCCUUGCCACAUCACCAUCCCAAACUACAUCUGCUAGCUCUGCCUCUCCAAUGCCUACUGUUGCAGAAACAACUACAACUCUCUUGUCAACGACUGAAACAUCAAGCAAAGCAGAAGAAACCACC